GAUUCCAAGGGGGAGCAUCAGCAGCCAAAGAAAGACUGUGCCGCUGCAGGUAAAGUUUGAGAGGAGGAAAGAGAAGGCCAUCCCAGCAAUUCUGAAGCCUGGCUGUUGCUUUGCCUUGUUUUUAAAGAUGUACCUUAAUUAUUUUACUGGACAGAAAUUUGGAUCCCAGCCCGAUACAGGCAUAGAGUUCUUUGUCAAGAUCCAGUUAUGAAAGUGACACAGAAGAAUGGAUCUUGAAUGCAAAACUCAACAGCUCCUUGGCUUAGUCAGGCUGUCAGAAAAUGGAGAGCAAGGAGGAAAGGAAGCAAAGGAGAAGGAAAAUGGGCUGGAUGCAAUUGGAGGGGAAGGUUGCCCACCACAGCCACCCAUCCAAGCUGAAACCCAGGCAGAUGUUGCAGCAGCCAAGAGUGGUGGCCCAGAAGGCCCAGGCACAACCCCUACAACCCCGCUGCCUGCUGAAACCCUGGCGCCCAAAGAUGCCCAGCCUGCAGGGGGGCUCUUUCCCCUCUCUGCCCCUGCCCCGCUUUUCUCUCAUCCAGACGUGAAGGUCUUAACACAGAAGCUGGAGGCUGUGAGGGAGUUUCAGAGCCAACAUCACCGGGAGCGUAAGCAUGAAAGCAGGUCCACCCUCCUCCCCAUGCAAAAGGGACCUUCGCAGUUGCCGUGACUGCCUCAGAUCCAUCAGGACAAUCAGGGACCACCUGCAGACAGUCAAGAGCAGACUCUCGAAAGUAGAGGCAAGGCUGGGCAUCCAAGUCCCACUGCAGGAGCUGGAUCCAGAGGACCGCGAGGAGGAGAAAGAGAAGAGAGAGCAGGACCCCAGUCCUCCCGACCCAGAAACACAAGAGCAAGAGGGUGUAGACAGCAGGAAAGAGCAUCAGAAUUAGAAAGAGUUGGCAUGCGGUGACGGGGGGGCAGGGGGGACAGGGCUCCUGCUGAUCUAUAAAUGUGUACAGUGCCUGUGAAAAAAGAGGUGUGCUUUCUGUUUUGGA